AUGAUUAUCCCUGUCCGUUGUUUCUCCUGCGGUAAAGUGGUUGGUGACAAAUGGGAAACCUACCUCAAAUAUUUACAAGAUGAUGAGAUGACUGAAGGUGAUGCUCUGGAUAAGUUGAAGCUCAAGAGAUACUGUUGCAGAAGGAUGGUGCUGACGCAUGUGGAUUUGAUUGAGAAGUUUCUGCGUUACAACCCAUUGGAGAAGAAAGAGAGUAUCUAG